UUUGGUAAUUUUCAACUGGAUUUAGCAGCUGCCAAGUUUGGUUUUGUGCGGAAUACGUCAUACGCUCCUAAUAUUUGCGUGCUGUCAAUAUUUUUGCGUAUUAAUUUUGUGUCGAAGUUUUCUGUCGACAACCAACCAGACCUGGCUGCAAGCGGUAUCGUGUAUCGCAUAGUCAGCCGCAUGUUUCAGAGGAGGAAUGCAUUUUUAUGAAAUCAAUGAGCGGAAAGUGACCGAGUGGAAUUCCGUGUACGCUUUGAUGGAUGAAAACCGGCCGCUGCAGCACGGCAGCGUCGUUAACGUGGUGGAGAACGGGUUGAUUGUUGAUUUCCACUGUCCAGCCCGACGCUCCGUUCUUGUGGAAUUCGGAAAGGUCUUCGAUGCAUGGUUCGACAAACCGUCAUCGUGGUUCUGGUGCGGCAACCCGCGCUUUCCCCAUCCCUGGGAGGAUGACUACGGUCCACCGCCCGCGAACGCCGACAGACUGGCCGUGCGGGUGCUGCUGCGCGCCCGCCCCGAGGAUCCGUGGGUAUGGUAUCCCGGAAAACUCCUCAUUUUUGGGUUUGAGUACGGUGAUGAUUGGAUGUUCGUGGAAGUGGAUAUGGGCGGAGCGUUGCGCCGCGAACUAAUUCAUAGCAGUCAAAUGCUAUAUCCGAUGACCGACGAAGAGCUGCAACGGAUAGUUAUCAAGCCCGGCGACUUUGUCACGCGCUGCGUUAAUCUCCCGGAAGGGUACUGGACGAGUGUGACUCCAGCGUUGUCAGCGGCGUUAUCGCAAAAAAUCGACGACGAUCUCGGCGGACGAUGCAUCUCCGUCCUCAGUGAGAAGAUGCUGAUGAUGCAGCACCGCACUGGAAGACCGAUUACGGCGGACCACCUCGCGGGGUGCUUUGAGAAAGCGAAAACUGUUUCCGGCUUGUAUGUGAAAUGCGGACGCGAAUACCGGUGCAGCUUUCAUCCACCACCGCUUAAAACCAAACGCAAAAAGCCGCUUACAACAUGUGGUCGCGGAAUUUCGCUGCCGCUCAUACUUCUAGCAGAUAUCUUCCAGUCACUGGAUACCAUUGGUCGUUUGCGGUGUCGACGUACCUGCUACGCAUGGGAUGCCAUCCUGACGUCUGCCGAAGUGUGCAGCGAAGUGCGGGUGUCGUUCGACCAUGCCGUUUUCACGACGCGCUGGUCAAGCAUGGAUUUAACGUAUUACGCGGUGUACAAUUGCAUCCUCAAACACAUUACACCUGCCACGCGUCGUAUCUGUUUCUUAGACUAUGAUAAAAAGAAUUUGUACGCCCGGGAUUGGGGCAAACCGGUCAUCGAUUGUGUGCGGCAGGUGCUGAGCGGCACUGGACGGCGCAUCCAGCGAUUGGUCUUCUGCAAGCGCUACAUUAACCUUCACGAUGAGAAUCUGGCAGAGUGCUUUGACGAGAUGGUCGACAGUUAUCGUAAACUGGCUGCGGUCUGCGAUAAAACUGUAUACAGAGCUGUCAUCCUGGAAGAUGAGUGCUUACGGUCACGUAUCCGGCACGCCGUCAUCGAUUUGAAAAACUGCAGUGCGACGGAACUUUGGGACAUGUUCGAAAGCCAUUUGGAUGCUGUAAUCCCUCCGGCGGCAACUGCAGAGCGGAUUGUCCAGGAACUGUGUGCGGACAGAAAAGAAAGCGUCGUUGCAAAGAUUCUGCAUUCGUACCAAAGCGCUGAUCCACGGCACACAAACCACUACCGCGACUGGAAAUGGACGGAAGAGAAUUUGCAAGCGUUAGACAUAACCAAACUGAACCGCACGACGUUAUGUGCGCUUAAUGCGAAGGCACCUUGAGAGCUGAUUUUUUAUUGUAAUAAUAUGCUUGCUGAAUCUCUGCUACUCUGCUACGUUUUAAAACUGCACAAGUUCUACACUCCACGUAAAAAAGCGUUUCCCCGGAAUAAGAAUUUCAUCAGUGACUUACGAGAAAAUUGUCACAACGAUUCACCGAUGGGUAAAACAAUAUCGACAUCGAAUAGAAACGUUAAUACCGACUGUGCA